GUUUUACAAAUAGACACUAAGAAAGCUUGAGUUUUGUAGAAUUAAAUUUACACAACGAUUUAAUGAGCAUUUAUUGCCAGCAGAAAUAGCUCUAAAGAUUACUUAAGAUAGCGUUUACUUUUUAGAAGAGUAAACUCAUAAAAGAAAAAGACAACAUAAGAUAUCUAUUUAGUAACAAUCAACAAACAAGGAAUAUCUUUUGCGCCUCAACGUGUUGAAAUGGGAGUUAUCUCUGCAACUAUAUAGUAUUUAACAAUAGUAAGUCAUCUUGCAUGUGAUAUCUCCCAAGUAAUUUCCCUCUUCCCCUUUUAUUUUGCCUUUUCUUAUCGCCUUUAAAGGCAAUCUGGUCUCUACUCUGAUUCAAAGCUAUUAAUAGCUGACUACACGCAUCUGUGAGUGUUCCCCCUUUUCUCUUAGACUUCUACUGUUUGACUCCCCUUUUUGUUUACCUCAUUCAGUUCACUUCACCUUGACAUUUCAGAUUUGUUUUGUUGCCUGUUCAGAAAUGCGUUUUCCCCAGUUACUUAUAUAAUUCCCCCAAGGUCAUGUGCAGUCGAGUUUGUUAUUCUUCUCUUGCUUGCACCUGUUGCAUGUCAAGAGCAAUUAAAUCCCCAGCGUUAUUCCUUAGAAAAACAUAAUUUUUACUUUCUUUUUAAACUCUAAGUCAGCUCUCCGGAUUGAAUAUUUUUCAUUGCAUACUUUAAGGUUUACGGGUGUUUGACAUUGCGUGUAGGGAACAUGUAGAGAACCACACGGCGUAUUAAAUUGACAUAUUACGUAUACGUAAUGUGCCACGGUAACUGAGAUAAGAUUUGCUACCAAAUCUCCCUUCGCAAUUUAAGCUAUAUUGUUGAAAUGCAGUUAAAUCAAUGAAUCACCAUAUUUAAAAAAAAAAGUCAUUGUGAAGCCAAUGUAUUUUAUUUCCCUUAUGACUUUGUCAUCGACUUCAGAUUAGUUGGAUUACCUUUCUCGCUGGUUUUCGCCCGCACCCACAUAUGUAAAGCGCAAGGUCGCAUAAUGGGCCUAAUAACCAUUAUAAGUAUGUUGUUAUUAUAUUGCUAGUCUCUUGUUAUUGUUGUUUGGCACUCUACAACGUGGUCACCCGAUCGAAACUGGUUUAUAACGAUAUAUAGAAUCAUGUGUGAAGUAUAUUUUUGUCGAUUGAUUGCAUAUGGUGGGAAUUCUUUUUCAAUUCUUUCUGACUUUUCUAUAUUCUGACGUCAGCGGCUUGGGCUUUCACCGCGAAAUUCUUUCUGCCAUAGGUUUGUUAUUGGUAUAUGCCUGCUAAUGAUGAUGAUUAAUUAGCUAAGUACUCUCCACAUGUCAGGCUUCUCUCACUAUUCUUUGUUGUCCCUCUCCCAUACUCUCCUCUCUUCUCUUCAGCAAGGCCACAAUCUUGCAGUACCGUUUGUUUUACUUAUCGACCCCAAACAAAACAGCAAAUGUACACAGAAGAAGCUCUCUGCUUUUUCGAUGCGUAUUUUGCUCUGAGUCACUUGACUUGAGUGGUUUCACUUUGAGUCGAGUACUUGUUGCGCUUCUUCUUUUUCCGCCUGCAGUGGCCUUCUUGAGCUUUUAGCUAGUGGUUGUCUCCUCUCCCUGUAUUUUCACAUAUGCCCCUCUCAGUCUGUAAACGGUUUGUUUGCUUUAACGAUUUAACUAUUAAGUCGAAAAGGAAAUAAACGAGCGCCAUUCUUCUGAUACCCUCUUUUGGUCGACUAACUAGGCAUAAAUGAUUCUUUACUCAGUUUGUGGGCUCUCUCCAAAAAAUCCACAGGGAGAGCCAGUGAAAAGAUAAGCAACGCAAACAAGGUGUAACAAGUGAACCGUUGGACAAAUAAAAAGUUUAUUUUUGUACCACCUAACCCAGUUUUUUAUUGCACUCAGUAAAUAAAGUGAUGGCAAUUUAAAUGUCCUAAUAAAAAUUUAUUAAUUUGUAAGUACUAAGCUAAAAAAAAUUUUCUACAAAAUUUAUUAACUUUGUUUACAGUAAAUUGGCAUAUAAAUUAUAUCAAAAUAAAGCAAUUAUGAACAAAUAUGGACUACGAAACCACACCUUAUUUUGACGUGUUAGGUCGUAAUGUUGAAAUUAUUAAGUACUAUUUUGAGGCUGUUAGGUAAUGUUAUUGCCCAAUUUUCCUUAAGAGUAAGUGCAUUCUAGAGUGUUGCAGCUUCGUUACAUUUACAUGACAGCCUGUCGCGUGUGUUCUUGUAUUUGUUCAAGCUUUAGCACUCUCCCGCACUUUGCAGGCUCUCUCUCUCUUUCUCUCACUUUGCCGCUCUUUGUUUGGUUGGGCGAUCAUGUGGGUUCGAUUGGCGCUCGCGAAACUCUUAACCAGUGGGAUUUUUUUUAACCAUUUUGAGUUUACAUUUGCGUGAGCGCAGACGUGCCCGGAAAGCGACCAAAACGUAGCCGAAACGGAAACGAAGUGAGACGGAACGGAAUACGGCCGUAUAAUCGGGGAUCCAACAACGGAGUGGUUUCGUCACUUUUCGGCUCUUGAUAAAUCCGUCAGCCAGUGUUUUUUGAGUUCUUCGAGUGCGAGUUUUACAUGUAUCGCCGUCGCUAUUCCGCCUUCGAGUCGAGCACGCCCCGCGUGGGCGUGCUACCCUCUCCGCCCCAAUAUGCUUCCGCCGCCCCGAAAACGCCACCCAAACUGAGCGUACACUUUGACCCCAAUCUGCCGAAAGACAACGACAGCAACAACAACUUGAGCAGUGAAAAUGCAAAUGCGAAUGCGAAAAUCGGUCGCAAGGCGCGUUCGCUAAGCAAUUCGCCGCUGUAUCAGCGCAAGAAGCGAUAUGGCCAUCUGCCGGCGCUAAUGUCGAAUAACGGGCCGACGGCCAGCAGCAACUAUCAACUGUUGAAUAGUGCAAACCUGCGCGAUCUCGUCGACGGCCAACGCCACUCACAGCACGUAAGCAGGCGAGAUGACAACAGCAAUAGCGGCCAUAACAGCCAUAACAGCAAUGGCCAGAGUCAAAGCCAAAAACAAAACCCGAGCCACAUUAGCCAAAGCAUCCAAAGCCUUCCAACUGGCAAAAGCAAGCCAAAAGAUGGCAAAAAGCUGAAGGCAACUUUAACGGCGGCCAUGUCAUCAUCGCUGCUGCGACGCAAGGCGCACAGCAAUCACAGUCAGCAGCAGCAGCAGAAAAUGCAGCAGCAGCAGCAGCAACAAGAGCUGCAACAGCAGCAACAACAACUACAACAAGAGCAGCAGCAAAAACAACAGCAGCAGCAGCAGCAACUGAGAAACAACAGCCAUACAAUUGCAAAUGCUGGCCGCCAUUCGCUGGGUCAUUCACCCGCAGUGCAGCAGACGCUCGUCUACGAACGGCGGAGAUUCAGCAGCGCCCACUCCACCCCCUCCUCGGACUCCCCCUCCCCCGCCACCAUUCCCCUGUGCAUCAGUGCCUGCUAAUGCGACGGCGCAGCGACUACAGCGUCGAGCAGAUCGAACAGUGGAAGCGACAGCAGCAAUUGUUGCCACGAUCCGGACGCAAG